AUAAAAUAUUAAUGUAAUGAAAAUGAUAAAUAAAUUUAAAAUAAAAAUAUAUAUACUACCUAACCAUCAUUUUCAAUUUUUUAAUUUGAGGGGUUAGAGACAAACAUUAACCUUCCUAUAAUCUGAAUAUCUUUUUUUCUUUUUUUAAAACUCUUAAUAAUGUUUUUUUUUGAAGAUCUUAAUAAUGUUUCUUUAUAGUAACAUAUCUGCAAAUUCUUUUUGUUUUUUAUUUUAUUUAUUUAACUUGUGUAAUGGAGAUAGAAAAAUGAAACUGUUGGUCCCAAAUCCAAUCAAUGGCAACCCCCCCUACUUCUAUAAAGUUAUAACUACUCUUCUCUUCUCUUCCCCACCUCAUCUUCUUCUCCAACGCUCUAAAGUCACCAUUUUUAUCUAUUUAUUCUUGUCUUUUUAAUGGAGAGAUUACCGGUUGAGCUUCAUCUCAAGAUUUUCUGUUUCUUGGACCAUCAGAAUCUUGCCACUGCUCAUCAAGUAUGCAGGAAAUGGAAGGUGUUAGCCUCAGACAACUAUGUUUGGUCAAGCUUAUUCAAGGAGAGAUGGGGAGGAGAUCGUGCUGCAACUUUUGUUCUUGGGGAUUCAAGAUCAUGGAAAAAGAAGUAUGAGGUCGAAGACCGUCGUGACCGCGUUGGAAUGAGGGUGAAGAUAAUCAGAGAAGGCGAGGAUUAUUAUCUUGUUCGCCAAGGCGAGAUCCAACGCUAUUUGGGUUCAAGAAAGUCUUCGAGUUUGAAAAGACGAUCGAGUGCAAACAGUGACCUGAGCGAAUUACAAUCCUGCCGUGGGAUUUUGGACAAAAUUCUUUUCUUUAUUGGGGACCUAGAAGUUGCUUCAACUGACAACAAACGUGGCCGAGCGAUUUGAAAUAGUCUUGAUGGCUGUAAAAGCCACAAAGGUUCAGUACGUUUUACUGUAAACUUGCUCUGUAAUUUAUUGAUGCAUUCAACUAUGUAUUAUGAUUUAUUGUAACCCAUGAAAACUGAUUGGUAUAGUAUGUCAUUGUAGUAUGUAUGAGUAUAUAUAUUUCAAAAGUAAUAAAGAAAUUCAUUAACAUUGUUCA